AUGGCGUCCCGUCUGGAAAUUCUCUUCCUUGUAUCUCUCUUUUCGGUUCUGCUAACCCCAUUGCAUUGUAGUGUUUUUGACGUAACCCAAUAUGGAGCAAUUGGAAAUGGCAGCACAGACGACAGUCCAGCUUUCAUGCUUGCUUGGACUGAUGUCUGCAACUCUUCAGCUUCUACUCCAAUAUUCCAUAUUCCUGGGAACAAAACCUUUUUGCUCAAUCCUGUGUUCUUCCAGGGUCCUUGCAGGUCCACAAACAUCCAGUUCCAGAUAGAUGGGAUCAUAACUGCUGAAAGUGAACCUUCAAACUGGAAAUGUACAAGAAAUAGAUGCGAUAAGUGGAUUCAUUUUAAGCGUGUGGAUGGACUUUUCAUCAAUGGUUCCGGUAUCAUUGAUGGCAAUGGGAAGAAUUGGUGGAGUUCAGGCUAUAUUAAUGCUGAUCUGAGGCCAAGUGCUUUGGAAGUGACGAGCUCGAACAAGGUCCAAUUGACCGGAUUAAGUUUCAGAAACAAUCCUCACAUGCAUGUAGUCUUUGAUUCCUGCGACAUGGUGCAUAUUUCAAAUGUAUCAAUAGAUGCACCCGGGGACAGUCCAAAUACGGAUGGUAUUCACCUCAAAGAGAGCACCCAUGUCAACAUCGAGUUUUGCAGCAUUAGAACUGGCGAUGAUUGCAUAUCAAUAGUAGACAAGUGCUCCAACAUCACCAUUCAAAAUAUUGAAUGUGGUCCUGGCCAUGGCAUAAGUAUUGGAAGCAUGGGGCAAUAUGGAGCAUAUGAGACCGUAGAAAAUAUUUACGUUAGCGAUGUUCAAUUUAAAGGGAGCUUGAGCGGUGUUCGGAUCAAGACAUGGCAGGGAGGCAAAGGUCAUGCAAGGAAAAUGGUCUUCAAGGGGAUAACAUCCUUAAACACCCAGUACCCUAUCCAAAUUGACCAAUUUUACUGCCCCCAUGCAAAAUGCGAUGAACAAGCUGAUGCAGUGGAAAUCAGCGAUAUCUCAUAUAUUGAUAUAAAGGGGACAUCAAUGAGGAAGACAGCAGUGAAGUUAGCCUGCAGUGAAUCAGUUCCAUGCAAAAAUAUAUUCAUGCAGGACAUAAACUUGAGUUACCAGGGGACUAAUGCCUCAGCUUACUGUAAGAACGUUAAUGGAACAUCUCAAGGAAUAAUGGAACCUUCUGUUCCUUGCUUGUAUUAUCAGACAUCGUAGAACCCGGCGCCCCCGCAUUCUUUAGGUCAUGUAGUCAUAGGCUAUAUGGGUUGGAAUUAAAGCCUUGUCCAUGCUUGGAGAACACAAAAUUAAUGAAGUGGAGGGGGGCUUGCAAGGAUGCCUUCAACUACACCAACCUUAAUUUCUUAUGCCGCACAUGUAUCAUAUUCUAUGUACUUAAAUUGGUGAAUUAGGCUUGGAGGGAAAGAAAGUGAUAUUUUCU